UGAAGCCCAAGAAGAGAUAUAAGAAACACGACUCUCCGUGUAUAUAUAGUCUCGUUCGAAACCCUAGCUUGUUCUUCAUCGCCUGCUCGUUCUCAGUAGGGUUUACCAAACUGUAGCUACCCCUUACAGAUACAAUGGCGGUUCCCCUACUUACCAAGAAGAUUGUGAAGAAGCGCGUCAAGCAGUUCAAGAGGCCCCAAUGGGACAGAAAGAUAUCGGUUAAGACCAGCUGGAGAAGGCCAAAGGGUAUUGAUUCCCGUGUGAGGAGGAAGUUCAAGGGUGUUACUUUGAUGCCAAACAUUGGUUACGGCACAGACAAGAAGACACGCCACUACCUUCCCAAUGGAUUCAAGAAAUUUGUUGUGAACAAUGUCAAAGAGCUUGAACUUCUGAUGAUGCACAACAGGACAUACUGUGCUGAGAUUGCUCACAACGUCUCAACCCGGAAGCGAAAGGAGAUUGUUGAGCGAGCUGCCCAGUUGGAUGUUGUUGUUACCAACAAGUUGGCUAGGUUGCGCAGCCAGGAGGAUGAAUGAGCAUUUAUGCUUUUAUUUUUGUUUAUUUGCUUUGUGAGAUUUACCAGUACUUUUAGGUACUUUUUGUUGAAGGUACUUUGUUCUUAAUUUUGCAGUUUCUUUUGGAUUAAACGUUCUGUAGAAUCUGGGCUCUUUUACUGCUCAAAUACCUUGAAAGUAAUUUUUUUUGACUAGUUAAAAGUAACUUUCUUAUUUA